AUGUCUACUUGUUCAAUAAUUCAGUGUGGGGCAAAGAAAAACCCCAAUCAACCUCAUUUGACUAUGCACAGAUUCCCUAAAAAUGAAGUGUUGUGUCAGAAGUGGCUUGAAGUCAUUGGGACGGAAAAUAUCAAACCUGGACUUAAAGCGCCACGUAUUUGUUCAUUACACUUUGCAGUAUCAUCCUUCAAUAAAACCCUUGAUGUUCUAAGGCUGCGCGAUGAUGCAGUACCAUCAAUCCACCUUGCACCUUCAAAGAAUACACAUGAGCCAGAUCUAUAUGAAAUUGAAACUGGCAAAGAAGAGGCAGUCUCCACGAGUUCCAUUGAGUCACAACCAACCUUGCCAGUGGAGCACAUAUAUAUAAGAUCUGAAAAGGUACAGCAUCAGCCAUCCCACUUGCAAAAGAAUGAAAAAAUACAAGAAAUAUGCAAUAACCAGAGAAAAGAGAUUAAAAAAUUGAGGGAACGAAUUCGUCGCCGAGACCAAAAAAUCUUAAAAAUGGAAAAUAUUAUUAAUGAUUUAAAAAAAAGUGGUAUUAUAAUCAUCUCAUUGGAUUGA